GCUACACAUACGAGAAGCCAUUUUGUCGUGUAGACUGACCAGAGUCCACGGCGAAAAACCGAUUAAUUUAGUAAUUUUAAGGCACAGGAYAGCUUUACAACGYUAUCAUCAUGAGCGGGAAAGAAGUGCACGAGAUUACYWCAACUCCUAUAACCUGUUUCACGUUUAACAAGGACCGCACGAACUUGGCCUUAUGUCCAAACGAUAACACCGUGCAUAUCUACAAGAAAUCGGGAAACAAGUGGGUCCAAGAUGUCAUUCUGACCGAGCAUGGUCAGCAUGUUACAGAUAUGGAAUGGGCUCCUCAAAGCAACCGUCUUGUCACUUGUGGUGCUGAUAGAAAUGCCUAUGUUUGGACACUGAAUGAGGGACAAUGGAAACCAAUGUUGGUUAUUCURCGUAUUAACCGUGCUGCAACCUGUGUACGCUGGUCACCAAAAGAGGACAAGUUUGCUGUUGGUAGUGGUGCACGUUUGAUAUCUGUCUGCUACUUUGAGAAAGAUAAUGACUGGUGGGUCAGCAAGCAUAUAAAGAAGCCAAUCCGUUCUACUGUACUGAGCAUUGACUGGCAUCCAAACAAUCUUCUUCUUGCUGCAGGAUCGUCUGACUUUAAAGCAAGAGUUUUCUCAGCCUUCAUCAAAGAUGUUGAUGGCAAAACCAACUGUGACACAGAAUGGGGCAAAAAGUCCAACUUUGGCUCCUGUCUUAAGGAGUUUUCUACUGGUGCUGGUGGAUGGGUUCAUAGUGUCUCCUUCUCAGCCUCUGGACAAAAGCUAGCGUGGGUUGGUCAUGAUAGCAGCAUUAGUGUUGUGAAUGCUGGACAUGAGCACAAGAUUGCCACUGUCCAUACURACUUUUUGCCAUUACUGCAAUGUGUUUGGAUUACUGAGAACAGCAUAGUUGCAGCAGGACAUAACAACAUGCCUUACUUGUUCACCCACGAUGACAAUGAUAAAUUGACAUUUAUUGARAAGUUUGAUGCAGCCAAGAAGAAGGAAGACUCWGGUACUAUGAGUGCAAUGGCUAAAUUCCGUACCAUGGACAAGAAGGGACAAGGUGCCGAUGAAGCUGAUGGCGGAAGUGCCAUAAAUACUGUACAUCAGAACGCCAUCAACAAAGUGGAAAUCCAUACUGGGAACAAAAGCUCUGCUCAGAAGUUUGCCACCUCUGGGAUUGAUGGUCGCCUUGUCAUUUGGGACAUAAAG